CUAUUUUGUGUUUUCUCGAAAAUCGAUUUAACAAAUUUUCAAUCUUGCUUCGUUACUCCGGUUUUAUCAGAAAAUACCGUAAAUCAACCUUAAAAUCGGUACAAAAAGUCCUCCUUUCGCAAGCUAACGAACCAGCAAAGCGACCAUGACUGCAUUCGAAGAAUUCGGUGUGAUGCCGGAAAUCGGCAAAGCGAUCGAUGAGAUGGAAUGGAUGCUUCCAACCGAUGUACAGGCGGAAGCUAUCCCGCUGAUUUUGGGUGGUGGUGAUGUUCUGAUGGCUGCCGAAACCGGAAGUGGUAAGACGGGAGCUUUCUGUUUGCCGAUUCUGCAGAUCGUGUGGGAAACGUUGAGGGACAUCAAGGAAGGGAAAGCAGGGAAACCGGUGGGACAUAAGGCCAAACCGUGGACCCUGUCUUUUACGGAUCGUGGCAAUGCGAUGGCUGUCACGCCGGAUGGGAUGCGUUGCCAGUCCCGUGAAUUUAAGGAAUGGCACGGAUGCCGGUCAACUACCGGAGUUCGAGGCAAGGGGAAGUACUACUAUGAGGCCACCGUUACCGAUGAAGGUCUUUGUCGGGUGGGGUGGUCAACCGAAAUUGCCAAUUUAGACUUGGGUACCGAUAAGUUUGGGUUUGGUUUCGGAGGAACGGGGAAGAAAUCAAACUGCAAGCAGUUCGAUAGCUAUGGCGAAGCUUUUGGGAAGAUGGAUGUUAUCGGAUGUCUGUUGGAUUUGGAUCGAGGGGAGGUCAGUUUUACCAAGAAUGGAAUUGCGUUGGGGUUGGCUUUCCGCAUAACGGAUAACAAUAUCCGAAACUCCAACUUUUAUCCAGCUGUGGUGCUGAAGAAUGCGGAAAUGUCUUUCAACUUUGGAGAAACUGAUUUUAAGUAUCCAAUUCCGGAAGGCUUCGUUGCCGUAUGUAAAGUCUCGCAUGAUCAUUUGGCAGUCAAUCCUAACACUGGAACGGCCAGCCCCUCGGAAAAUUCUAAACCGAAACCGAAUGCUCCUCAGGCGCUUGUAAUUGAACCUUCUCGUGAACUGGCCGAGCAAACGUACAAUCAGAUUCAGAAGUUUAAGAAGCACCUGAAGGAUCCAGAUGUACGGGAGCUUUUGCUGAUUGGGGGUGUCAAUAUCAAAGACCAGAUGCGGGUACUCGAAAGUGGUGUGGAUAUUAUAGUGGCCACACCUGGUCGUUUGGAGGAUCUAAUCAACAAUGGGUACGUGCUGCUAAGUGCUUGUCGCUUUUUCGUCCUGGACGAAGCCGAUGGUCUUUUGAAGCAGGGGUACACCGAGUUGAUUGAACGUCUACACAAGCAGAUUCCGAAGAUUACCGCCGAUGGAAGGCGGCUACAGAUGGUCGUGUGUAGUGCCACGCUUCAUUCGUUCGAGGUUAAGAAGUUGGCCGAAAGGUUGAUGCAUUUCCCCACCUGGGUAGAUCUUAAGGGAGAGGACGCGGUUCCGGAAACGGUGCACCACGUGGUGUGUGUGGUCGAUCCUCAGAAGGAUAGCAGCUGGCAGUCGAUGCGAAAUCCCAUCCAAACCGAUGGAGUACACGCAAAGGACAACGUUCGGCCGGGAUCGAACACGGCCGAAACGCUUUCGGAAGCCAUAAAGAUGCUGAAGGGCGAGUACACCAUUCGUGCCAUCAAUGAGCACAAAAUGGAUCGGGCCAUCAUUUUCUGUCGAACCAAGCUCGACUGCGACAAUAUGGAACGAUAUCUGCGGCAGAUGGGUGGUAUGCGUUAUUCUUGCGUAUGUCUGCACGGAGACCGGAAACCACAGGAGCGGAAAGCCAACUUGGAGCGAUUCAAGAACAAGGAAGUUAAAUUUUUGAUCUGCACUGAUGUGGCGGCACGUGGUAUCGAUAUUUCCGGACUCCCCUUUAUCAUCAACGUAACGCUCCCAGAUGAAAAGAGUAACUACGUUCACCGGAUUGGUCGAGUGGGUCGCGCGGAGCGAAUGGGCUUAGCCAUCUCGCUCGUGGCCAAUGUGCCGGAAAAGGUUUGGUACCACGGUCAGUGGUGUUCGUCAAGGGGCAAAAACUGUUGGAACACUAACCUAACGGAUGUACAGGGUUGUUGCAUGUGGUAUGACGAGAGGAUGUACCUUGCCGAAAUUGAGGACCAUCUGAACGUCACCAUCCAGCAGGUGGAGAAGGAUAUCAAAGUUCCGAUGAAUGACUUCGAUGGUAAGGUAACGUACGGUGAGAAGCGACUGAACACGGGAAGUGGCUAUAAGGAUCAUGUUGAGCAAUUGACCCCGGUGGUGAAGGAACUUGCCCAGCUGGAACGGGAAGCCCAAAAUCUCUAUCUCAAGCGAGCUACCGCUGCUUAUUGAAUGGAAGGUAAGCAUCUUAUACUUAUAUUACAAACCUCUUAACUUAUACUGUGAACAAGUCGAAUAAACAUCGUAACAAAACG